AUGGAUGAAUUUAAUUCGAUUAAAAUAAUAUUUCAACAACAACAACAACAACAAUUAAUAAAUUUACGACGUGCAGUACUGUUUGCGGUAAUUUUAGCCGUAAUUGCAACAUUAAUUUGCAUAUUUUCAAUACCAUUAUUCUAUAAUUACUUGCAAUACAUGCAUUCAAGCAUGCAAAAUGAAGUUGAUUUUUGCAAGCAACGAAGUCAAAAUAUUUGGAAAGAAAUAUUAAAAACACAAAUUUUAGUUGGAGGUCAAAGACAUAAAAGAUUGGCUAGUUUUGUUGGUACCAUACCCAAUUAUUCGUAUUUGAAUCAACAAAUGUCAUCAACAAAGCGAAGUGUAUGCUGUGGAUGCGGUGUGUCACCAGUAGGACCUAGAGGUUUACCUGGUCCGGAUGGACAGAGCGGUCCGGACGGAUUGCCCGGACAACCAGGCAGGAAUGGACUGGAUGCACCGCCGCCGAAACAACCAGAACGCAUUGUUUUCUGUUUUGAGUGUGAAAAAAGUGAACCUGGUCCUCCGGGAGAACCAGGUCGGAAAGGACUAGCUGGUAAGCCAGGUUUGCCAGGCCGUGAUGGAUAUCCAGGUUUACCUGGGCAACCUGGUAGACAAGGACCGAUGGGACCACCAGGUUCACCUGGUAAACCAGGUCUUCCUGGACCUUGUGGACUUCCCGGAAAAGUGGUCGAAGUAGCUGUACCGAACGGACCACAAGGAUAUCCUGGUCCUAGAGGAGAGCAAGGUGCACCAGGUAAUCCUGGUAAAAAUGGUUUACCAGGUAGGAAUGGAGCAGAAGGACCACCCGGAAAUCCAGGUUGUGAUGGAGCUCCUGGUCUAGCUGGAGCAACAGGUGAACCAGGUAUUCGAGGACCACAAGGAUCAAUCGGACAGUGUGACCAUUGUCCACUACCAAGAGUAGCUGUAGGAUAUUAA